AUGAUCACAGAAGAAACACACGUUAAUGCGGGAUCGCCCUCGUUUAAGCAGGUGUCGUUGCCCCUGCGCGAGGAGCAAGCUCAAGCAGAGGCCCAGGCUGAGGCCCAAGUACAAGUCCAAGUCCAGGCCCCAGUGCCAGGUCAAGGCCCCAGCCAGGGCCUGGGACAGGCCCUGGGACAGGCCCAGGGAGGACCCGUCCACAGUCCUAGCCCAGCCCUAGCAUUCCCAGCUCCCUUGACACCUUUCCUCCAUAGAAACCCAUACUUCAGACUGCACAGAACUGCGUCCCAGGAGUCCAUACGACGCUCCCACGAAAAUGUCACUGUCACCGACACUACUGACGACUACUACGACCCUCACUCCCCUCCAAGAUCCCGCCCCGCUACCCCAACAAGAACACCCUCCAGAAAAAGCCACGAGAGAACCCACUGGCUCGCUCCAAGAAAACGCUUCGUCGGUUACCAGAUCUCAGGCUACAAGAAAUUCCAAGUCACUAUCACCAUCCAGUCCGUAUCCCUACCGAACAACAACGAAUCAAACUGCACCUCCCCUCAUCUCACCGGCUUCUUGUCCAUCAAAGGCUUGACCGUCCAGAACCCGGAAAUCACAACCUUCUUUGAGUCUAUCACCGUCACUGACUCCCUAGGCUUCUUGUCCAAAGAUAUCCCCAUCGACUACGAUUCCUACAAAGCAACAGACCAGACCGAUUUGGAACACUGGUUGAACUUCCCCUCUUUCAAAGAACUCUGCAUGCAAAACGACCCCAAAAACCCCUCCAAAAAUAUCCUACAGUCCAUCAUCGACGGAACCUACGCUCACACUGACUACUUGAACCAGAGGUUCCUCUACAUGCGCUGGAACGAAAAGUUCCUGGUCCCAGAUGCCGACUUGGAGUCCAUCGACGGCGCCUCCUACGACGGCUACUACUACAUCGUCCACGACCAGUUGUUGGGAAACAUCUUGGGCUUUUACUACCACCAGCACGCUGAAAGAUUCCAGCAAUUGGAGUUGCAGCCCCUAGUAGAACCAUCAAUCGGAGAUUGUUCUUUCGAGUUCGCAUGA